UGUUGUUGUUGCUGGCUCCUUUGUAGCGCGUAACCUUAACAUAUUUGCUCCGACGCACGAAUCAUUCUUCACCGAUCCAACAUUUUCGGAUCCUACCCGACCCGAUAUCUUCCUCAAGCUCCGCCAUUCUGCGAAUCUCAUUUUGCGUCGAUGAGACCUCGAUUCAAUCUAUGGCGUAGAUCGGCCGACGUUAUUCCGGUCACCGAGUUCAUUUUCUGGUUAAUUCAUGGCAAUAUUCGACGAUGAAGAUGAGCCUAUUGCUCAAUUCCUCGAAUCGGAGAUCUUCGCUCUCUCCGAUCAGGAGGAUGAGAUGGUAGAGGAUAUCUUGGAUGAAGGUGAUGUGAAGAGGAAAAGUAAGCACUUUGAUGGAGAGGAGGAGCGAGUAACAAAGAAAAUGAGAGUUCUGGAGGAUGAGGAUGAGAUAGAACGAAAAGAGAAGCAGGAACAAGAGGAAGAGGAGGAGGAAGAGAAGAGGGAAGCAAAGGUAAUGAAAGUUGAGGAGGAGGAGGAAGACGAGGAGGAAAAGGUGAGGGCAUUAUUAUCAUCUCCAUCUUUGUCACCACCAACUGAAGUUGAAGCUGAAGUUGAUUGUGCAUCUUCACCUCCAAGGAUGAGUCUGAAUAUCAUGGAUAAUAAUAAUAACAGUGAUGCCAGUACAAGCAGUGACAUGAGGCUGGUUCCAAGUAGGAUAGAGACUGGGAUUCUCAGCAAAGUCCCUCCAGAAUUGCUCCGUCACAUCCUCAAAUUCCUUUCACCAGAGGAUCUUGUGGCAUGUUCAUUGGUCUGCAAGUUCUUAAAUUUUGCUGCUUCUGAUGAAUCCCUGUGGCGCUGGCUGUACUGCAUGCGAUGGGGUCUGCUGCUCCCAACAAGAAAGCCACGAGAAUGUGCUUGGAAGAAACUUUACAUCCAGCGUGAUGCAGAGGAUAUGAUGGAGUUUGUCAGGAAUACUCCUAAGGAAUUUAAGGAGUAUUAUAUCCAAAUGCAGGCAGCAAAAAGAAGCCAAGCUCCUCUUCCUUCUCAGAUAAAUGAUGACCGAAUAAUUCUUGAUAAAACAGUUGCUGAUCAAGUCUCUAUGUGGAAGAAAAGCAAAGGUCUGGGUGAUAAAGUGGUGAUUGAUCAUUCGUGCUCUGGGGAGACGUGCAAUUACUAUCAAAUAGGAGAUGUAUAUGUUUGUGAGAAAACUGGACACGUCCAUGUUUGUGAUGACACAUGUAGGGAAGUUGUACCUGAUCCUACAAAUGGUCUUCUGGUGUGUACCAUUUCAGGCCACUGUUUUGAAAGGAUGUUGUCACCUUCCGAAAUGGAACAAGACGGGGAGCAGCAACAAGGUGGCACUACAGAUGAAGCGGAGCCAUUCAUGGGAUCGGGUCGUUUUGCUCGAGCUUAUUUAUUGGGAUACAACUGUGAUGACGAGAAGGAACUAGAAGCUGCUUUGCGUUUUUGCUGAUUCCACUGCUCCUGUGUAUAGCUAAAGCUUUUGGCUCUAGUGAUGACAUUCUAGCAGUUUAGUUUAAAUCUUGUAAUUGUAGAUCGCUAAAUUAAGUAUUACCAAGUUUUGUUUUUCACUUAAAAUUUCUAAUAAGCUACUCUCUUAUCAUUAAAUAAAUACCCAAUAUGGGUCUCCCGUUACUCAUGC